ACAUGAUUAUACGGAAUGUAGGGAUAUAAAUGACUAGCCAACGUGACAGAGGCAGAGACAAUCCUCUCCCCACACCAACAACAUGAAGAUCACCCUGGCCUUCGCUUCUCUUCUUGCUAUUGUUGCACUCUCCAGUGCACAGGAGCCGGCAUGGUGUCGGUGUGCGGCGUUCGUGUCUUCCAGGCACAUGGAAAUCAUGGUUUUGGAACUGCCCGAGGUUGAUGUCACUAGUUGCCAGAACACAAACCAGUGUAGGAAUCGCUGCGUCAACGAGAUCAAUACCAUGACCAACGAAAUGGACUUGUGGUCCACUGUUGAUGGCGACACCGUCGGCCAAUACUUCUGCCACGAGCUUUUCACCCAUGGUCUCUUCUGGAUCCACAACUCUUACAUACACGGUUACUACCAGAUGUGCGGCGGACCAUGGGAAUACACCGGAGUAGACUCCCAGCAGGCGCUGUGCUGUACCAACAACCAGCACAUUCACUGUGUCAUGAAAUAAUGCAGAUGCCAAUUUUAAAGUUUAUCCUGAGAAUCCCGCUUCACUUAAUUGUUGUUUUUCAUUUUAUAUCAUGUAAGGAGUCAGUGGACACAGACUAGGACAGCGUGUAUUUAACAUCAAUAUAUCAUUUACCUUUC